AUGUCUACCCAAUCACCGUCAGAACGCCAGCACAAUGGCAUAUCCCUCCUGAGCUUAACAUUGUUCAUGGGCGUUGGCUAUGGGGCUGUACUGACCAUCUACGUCCAGUGCCUCUUCUUAUUGGUCCACAGUCCGAUGCGGCGGGCUCCACGACUCUUUUUCUUCGGCUACACAACCGCCAUGUUUAUUCUUGAAACAUUAUACGCCGCUGAAAAUUCUCGAAGAGUUUGGAUAUCGUUCGUUAUCAAUUGGGACUCCACCACUAGUCCAACGGGUUACGAGAUUAGUUUAUGGCGUGACUGGGCCAGUAUAGCAGCAAUGGCGUGCUAUAUCGUCUCCAAUUGGUUGGCUGAUGCGCUCAUGCUUUGGCGCUGUAUAAUCCUGUUCCGAAACAUGAAAAACACAAGAUGGCUGAUCCCUGUUCCAUGCAGCAUGUUCCUUGCCGUUAUUGCGACUUCUAUCAAUCUGCUUGUGAAUACAGCAGAAGUGUCCAAUUCAAUAGAAGCAAUGUCCAAAGCCUACUGCAUUUUUGUGGUGGUCGAUCUCUCCUUUAAUAUCAUCACAACGUUAUUGAUAGCCGCUUGCAUCAUGAUACAUCGUGCGAAGCUCGAGAAAUCGACAGGAAGUCGUCGCCAUGGGAGGGAGUACACUAGUAUCAUCACAAUGACCACUGAAUCUUGCAUGAUUUCCGCGAUCAGCUCGAUCGUCUAUCUCGUCCUCUACACGAUGGAUAACUUUGUUCAGUAUCCAUUCAUGGUUAUCCAGAGCCAAAUGCAGAUCAUUGCGCCAUUUAUAUUGAUUUCGAGAAUCCUCCAGGGAAAAGCGUGGACAGAUGUUGAUAUCCAUAAUCAUUUGCUUCCAAGUGAUAUCGAGGACUUUCCUUCCAGUUUCAGCGGGCUGAUCACUGGUGGCCGUUCUUCAGAGAGAUCCACACUUGUAUUCGGUUACAGAAAUUCCUCAUUACCGCUGAGAAAUAGCUCCAUCGCGAACCUAACAUAA